GGCUGACAUCACUCUAUAAUUGCAGUUUCCUCAAGGAGAGCAAGCAAGAGAGGCAGAGGAGAGUGAAUCUGUUUACUGGUAACAGUGAGGCAGAACAUCUGAACAUUCCACAUCUGGACACACUCAGGAGAAAUGACUCUUCAACCUACGAGCACCCCAGACUUCAACACCACACCACUGUAUGGAGACCACAACAUCACCAAUGCCACUCAAUGUCCAGAUCCAGGAGCCUGGGAAUGGCUCAACACUAGCCAGCCAGUCUAUAUUCUGGUCAUAAGUGUUCUUGGAAUACUGUUUAACCUAUUUGUGCUGGUGGUUUUUUGCUUCCACAACAAAGCCUGCACGGUUGCGGAGAUCUAUUUAAGCAACCUGGCAGCUGCUGAUCUGAUCCUAGUGUCCUGCCUGCCCUUCUGGGCCGUCAACAUUUACAAUGAUUUCGACUGGCCUUUUGGUCUUUUCAUGUGCAAAGCUGUCAAUGUUGGCAUUAAACUAAAUGUCUACUGCAGCAUUUACUUCCUUGUUCUAGUCAGCAUCGAUCGCUACAUAGCACUGGUGCAUGCUAUGUCACAUGGAAGAGCACGUAGGCCAAAGUUUGCCAAACUAGGCUGUCUGCUAACAUGGGGUUUUGGCUUAGUCCUGAGCAUACCUACCUUCAUCUUUCGUCAGGUGAAACACUUCCCUGAGUAUGGCGUCCAUGCAUGCUAUCUGGAAUAUCCAAGCUACACUGUAGGGCUAGGGUACGACGGGAUGCUCAUUAUUAUUAGCUUCAUCGUUCCCAUUUCGAUCAUAUCAUUCUGCACUUUGAGGAUCAUCCAAGCACUGAAGACCCAGAAAAUGGAGAGGUUCAACGCUGAGAAAACGGAGCAGAAAGCCACCACCUUGGUGCUGGUGGUCCUCUUGGCCUUCGUGAUCUGCUGGGUGCCAUUCCACCUGGUCACCAUUUUGGAUGUGCUGGAACGAGCUGGGGUCGUGGGUGGGUGUCUCCUCACAUCCGCCUUAGAAAUCAGCAACCAGAUCUUUACGUACCUCAGCUUCUUCAACAGCGUUCUCAACCCCAUCCUAUAUGUUAUUGUGGGAAAGAAUUUCAGAAAGAAAGCUGGGGAACUCUUUAAGCAGUGGAGCAUGAAGAGAAGAAAAAUGUCAGAGUCUACGCGCUCAAACUUGUCUUCUACACUUAAAACUUUUGCAUAAAGUACUUAAAUGAUAUCAUUCAUCUCAAGAACAGACUGUCCGCAAAGGUGAUCAUGGUUGUCAAUAAUUUACUCAUUCUGGAAAGUUUUUGCCCUAAAAACUCUGGCUUUCAUGCAUGAGUUUAUAUAUAAGGCCUGAAUGGGACCUGAAAGGAGAAAAUUAUUUUGUUUC